GGGUCAGCGCCGGCAGGAUGGCGGCCGACACGCAGGUUUCUGAGACGCUGAAGCGCUUUGCAGGGAAGGUGACGACAGCCAGUGUGAAGGAACGCAGAGAAAUCCUCGGUGAACUGGGGAAAUGUGUUGCUGGAAAAGAUCUGCCCGAGGGAGCGGUGAAAGGGCUCUGCAAGUUAUUCUGCUUGACUCUGCAUCGCUACAGGGAUGCGGCCUCCCGCAGGGCCCUGCAGGCUGCCAUCCAGCAGCUGGCCGAGGCACAGCCGGAAGCCACGGCGAAGAACCUUCUGCAGUCUCUGCAGUCUUCCGGCGUUGGCUCCAAAGCGGGCGUGCCCAGUAAGAGCAGCGGUUCGGCGGCCCUGCUGGCCCUGUCCUGGACCUGCCUCCUGGUGCGCGUCGUCUUUCCCUCCAGAGCCAAGCGGCAGGGAGACGUCUGGAACAAACUGGUCGAGGUGCAGUGCCUGCUCGUGCUGGAGGUGCUGGGCGGCUCCCACAAGCAUGCUGUGAAUGGCGCUGUGAAGAAGCUCACCAAGCUGUGGAAAGAGAACCCGGGCCUGGUGGAGCAGUACUUGUCAGCCAUUCUCAGCCUCGAGCCCAACCAGAACUACGUGGGCAUGCUCGGGCUGCUGGUGCAGUUCUGCACGGACCACAAGGAGAUGGACGUGGUCGGCCAGCACAAGGCGGCCCUGCUGGAGUUCUACGUGAAGAACAUCCUGAUGAGCAAAGUGAAGCCCCAGAAGUACCUACUGGAUAGCUGUGCGCCCCUGCUGCGCUACAUGUCUCACGCGGAGUUUAAGGACCUGAUACUCCCCACCAUCCAGAAGUCCUUACUGCGGAGUCCCGAGAACGUCAUCGAAACUAUCUCCAGCCUCCUGGCGUCGGUGACUCUGGAUCUCAGCCAGUAUGCGCUGGACAUUGUGAAAGGCCUGGCUAGUCAGCUGAAGUCCAACAGCUCCCGCCUGAUGGAUGAGGCUGUGCUGGCGCUGCGCAACCUGGCCCGCCAGUGCAGCGACCCUUCGGCCAUCGAGGCGCUGACCAGACACCUGUUCGCUAUCCUUGGAGGCUCAGAGGGAAAGCUGACGAUCGUGGCCCAGAAGAUGAGCGUCCUCUCAGGGGUCGGGAGUGUCAGUCAUCACGUGGUGUCUGGGCCAUCCAGCCAGGCUCUGAAUGGGACCGUGGCGGAGCUGUUCAUCCCGUUCCUCCAGCAGGAAGUUCACGAAGGCACCUUGGUGCACGCCGUCUCCGUUCUGGCUCUCUGGUGUAACCGCUUCACCACAGACGUGCCCAAGAAGCUCACGGAGUGGUUCAAGAAAGCCUUCAGCCUUAAGACCUCCACCUCUGCCGUCAGGCACGCCUACCUGCAGUGCAUGCUGGCCUGCUUCCGAGGUGACACACUCUUGCAGGCCCUGGACUUACUGCCCUUGCUCAUUCAGACCGUGGAGAAGGCAGCUGCUCAGAGCACUCAGGUGCCCGUCGUCACAGAGGGGGUCGCGGCAGCCCUGCUGCUCUCCAAGCUUUCUGUGGCUGACUCCCAAGCCGAGGCCAAACUGAGCAAUUUCUGGCAGCUGGUUGUGGAUGAGAAAAAGCAGAUUUUCACUUCUGAGAAAUUCCUGCUCCUGGCUUCCGAGGACGCCCUGUGCACGGUGCUGCAGCUGACAGAGAGGCUUUUCCUUGACCACCAGCAGAGACUCACGGGCAGCAGAGUUCAGCAGUAUCACCGGGCUCUGGUGGCCGUGCUCCUGAGUCGUCCCUGGCACGUGCGCAGGCAGGCACAGCAGACCACUCGGAAGCUGCUGUCCUCCUUGGGGGGCUUCAAGCUGGCGCAUGGACUCCUGGAGGAGCUGAAGACUGUUCUCAGUUCCCACAAGGUGCUGCCCUUGGAUGCUCUGGUGGCCGACGCUGGGGAGGUGAGCGAGGCAGGCAAGGCCCACGUGCCACCCCGGGUGCUGCAGGAGGCCCUGUGCAUUAUCUCCGGGGUGCCGGGGCUGGCAGGGGACGCCAGCAGCACGGAGCAGCUGGCCCAGGAGCUGCUCCUCCUCUCCCACCACCCAUCCUUAGUGGCACUGCAGUCUGGGCUCUGGCCGGCACUGCUCAGCAGGAUGAAGAUCGAUACCGAGGCCUUCAUCACCAGGCACCUGGACCAGAUCAUCCCCCGCAUCACCACACAGAGUCCCCUGAACCAGUCUUCUAUGAACGCCAUGGGCUCCCUUUCCAUCCUGUCCCCAGACCGGGUCCUCCCUCAGCUCAUCAGCACCGUCACCGCCUCCGUGCAGAACCCUGCACUGUGCCAGGUGACUCGCGAGGAGUUUGCCAUCAUGCAGACCCCUGCCGGGGAGUUGUACGACAAGUCCAUCAUCCAGAGUGCCCAGCAGGACAGUAUCAAGAAGGCCAACAUGAAGCGGGAGAACAAAGCGUACUCCUUCAAGGAGCAGAUCAUCGAGCUGGAGCUCAAGGAGGAGAUCAAGAAGAAGAAGGGCAUCAAGGAGGAGGUGCAGCUGACGAGCAAGCAGAAGGAGAUGCUGCAGGCCCAGCUGGACAAGGAGGCGCAGAUCCGGAGGCGGCUGCAGGAGCUGGACGGGGAGCUGGAGGCAGCACUCGGACUGCUGGACACCGUCCUGGCCAAGAACCCGUCCGGCCUGACCCAGUAUAUCCCUGUCCUGGUCGACUCUUUCCUGCCCUUGCUGAAGUCUCCCCUGGCUGCUCCCCGGAUCAGGAACCCUUUCCUGUCCUUGGCUGCCUGUGUCAUGCCCCCUCGGCUCAAGGCUUUGGGCGUUUUGGUGAGCCACGUGACUCUGCGUCUGCUGAAGCCAGAGUGUGCCCUGGACAAGUCCUGGUGCCAGGAAGAGCUGUCAGUGGCGGUGCGGAGGGCAGUGACCCUGCUGCACAGCCACACCAUCCCCUGCAGGGCAGGCAAGAGCGACCCAGAUGCGGCUCCCCUGUCGGCACCAGCCUUCUCCUUGGUCUUCCCGUUUCUGAAGAUGGUACUGACCGAGAUGCCCCACCACAGCGAGGAGGAGGAGGAGCGCAUGGCCCAGAUCCUGCAGAUCCUCACUGUCCACGCCCAGCUCAGGGCCGCCCCCAGCAGCGUGCCUGGCCGAGUGGACGAGAAUGGCCCUGAGCUGCUGCCGCGCGUGGCCAUGCUGCGCCUCCUGGCCUGGGUGAUUGGCACCAGCUCGCCGCGCCUGCAGGUCCUGGCCUCCGACACGCUGACCACCCUGUGUGCCAGCAGCAGCGGCAAGGACGGCUGUGCCUUCGCGGAGCAGGAGGAAGUGGACGUGCUGCUCGGUGCCUUGCAGUCCCCGUGUGCCAGCGUGCGGGAUACUGCACUCCGGGGGCUGAUGGAACUCCACAUGGUAUUGCCAGUGCCUGAUACGGAUGAGAAGAACGGCCUGAACCUUCUGCGGCGGCUCUGGGUGGUCAGGUUCGACAAGGAGGAGGAGAUCCAGAAGCUGGCCGAGAGGCUCUGGUCCACCAUGGGCCUCAGUCUGCAGCCUGACCUCUGCUCGCUGCUGAUCGACGACGUCAUUUAUCACGAGGCGGCCGUGAGGCAGGCCGGGGCCGAGGCCCUCUCACAGGCCGUGGCCCGUUACCAGCGGCAGGCCGCCGAGGUCAUGGGCAGACUCAUGGAGAUCUACCAGGAGAAGCUCUACCGUCCGCCGCCGGUGCUGGAUGCUCUGGGACGAGUCAUCUCGGAAUCGCCUCCGGAUCAGUGGGAAGCCAGGUGCGGCUUGGCUCUGGCCUUGAACAAGCUCUCCCAGUGUUUGGACAGUUCUCAAGUGAAGCCCCUCUUUCAGUUUUUUGUCCCUGAUGCCCUCAAUGAUCGAAACCCAGACGUCCGGAAAUGCAUGUUAGAUGCAGCUCUUGCAACACUUAACAUCCAUGGAAAGGAGAACGUGAACUCGCUGCUGCCGGUGUUUGAGGAGUUCCUGAAGAAUGCACCCAACGACGCCAGCUACGAUGCCGUGCGGCAGAGCGUGGUGGUCCUGAUGGGCUCUCUGGCCAAGCACUUGGACAAGAGUGACCCCAAAGUGAAGCCUAUCGUCGCCAAGCUCAUUGCAGCCCUCUCCACCCCCUCCCAGCAGGUGCAGGAGUCCGUGGCCAGCUGCCUGCCGCCGCUGGUGCCGGCCAUCAAGGAGGACGCGGGCGGGAUGAUCCAGAGACUGAUGCAGCAGCUGCUGGAGUCAGACAAGUACGCCGAGCGCAAGGGGGCCGCCUACGGACUGGCGGGCCUGGUGAAGGGCCUGGGCAUCCUCUCACUGAAGCAGCAGGAGAUGAUGGCAGCGCUGACUGACGCCAUCCAGGACAAGAAGAACUUCCGGCGGCGAGAGGGCGCCCUCUUUGCCUUCGAGAUGCUCUGCACCAUGCUGGGGAAGCUGUUCGAGCCUUAUGUGGUCCACGUGCUGCCGCACCUGCUCCUCUGCUUUGGGGAUGGGAACCAGUACGUGCGUGAGGCUGCAGAUGACUGUGCCAAGGCUGUGAUGAGCAACCUGAGUGCCCAUGGGGUGAAGCUGGUGCUCCCCUCUCUGCUGGCUGCCCUGGAGGAGGAAUCCUGGAGGACCAAAGCUGGCUCCGUGGAGCUGCUCGGGGCCAUGGCCUACUGUGCGCCUAAGCAGCUCUCGUCCUGCCUGCCCAACAUCGUGCCCAAGCUGACGGAGGUGCUGACCGACUCCCACGUCAAGGUGCAGAAGGCUGGACAGCAGGCACUCAGGCAGAUCGGCUCUGUCAUCCGGAACCCCGAGAUCCUGGCCAUCGCCCCGGUCCUGCUGGAUGCCCUGACAGACCCCUCCCGAAAGACCCAGAAGUGUUUGCAGACCCUGCUGGACACCAAGUUUGUCCACUUCAUUGAUGCCCCAUCCCUGGCCCUCAUCAUGCCCAUCGUCCAGAGAGCCUUCCAGGACCGGUCCACAGACACUCGGAAGAUGGCAGCCCAGAUCAUCGGCAACAUGUAUUCCCUGACCGACCAGAAGGACUUGGCUCCUUACCUGCCGAGCGUGACACCGGGCCUGAAAGCUUCCCUCCUGGACCCCGUCCCUGAGGUGCGAACGGUCUCUGCAAAGGCCCUGGGCGCCAUGGUGAAGGGCAUGGGGGAGUCGUGCUUUGAGGACCUGCUGCCGUGGCUGAUGGAGACACUGACCUACGAGCAAAGCUCCGUGGACCGCUCGGGCGCCGCGCAGGGGUUGGCUGAGGUCAUGGCCGGCCUGGGGGUGGAGAAGUUGGAGAAGCUGAUGCCAGAAAUCGUGGCCACAGCCAGCAAAGUGGACAUCGCCCCGCACGUCCGAGACGGCUAUAUCAUGAUGUUCAACUACCUGCCCAUCACCUUUGGGGACAAGUUCACUCCCUACGUGGGGCCCAUCAUUCCCUGUAUCCUCAAAGCUCUCGCAGAUGAGAACGAGUUUGUGCGUGACACGGCCCUGCGCGCUGGCCAGCGGGUCAUCUCCAUGUACGCCGAGACGGCUAUCGCCCUGCUGCUGCCCCAGCUCGAGCAAGGCCUCUUUGAUGACCUCUGGAGAAUCAGGUUCAGCUCUGUUCAGCUCCUCGGGGAUCUCCUCUUCCACAUCUCAGGGGUCACCGGCAAGAUGACCACAGAAACAGCUUCCGAAGAUGACAACUUCGGAACAGCCCAGUCCAACAAGGCCAUCAUCACUGCCCUGGGGGUCGACCGGCGGAACCGGGUGCUGGCGGGACUGUACAUGGGCCGCUCGGACACGCAGCUGGUCGUGAGGCAGGCCUCCUUGCACGUCUGGAAGAUUGUGGUGUCCAACACCCCCCGCACCUUGCGUGAGAUCCUGCCCACUCUCUUCGGGCUCCUGCUGGGCUUCCUGGCCAGCACGUGUGCGGAUAAGAGAACGAUUGCCGCGAGGACGUUGGGAGAUCUAGUCCGGAAGUUAGGGGAGAAAAUCCUGCCCGAGAUCAUCCCCAUCCUGGAGGAAGGCCUGAGGUCUCAGAAGAGUGACGAGAGGCAGGGCGUGUGCAUCGGCCUCAGCGAGAUCAUGAAAUCCACCAGCCGGGACGCCGUGCUGUACUUCUCCGAGUCCCUGGUGCCCACGGCCCGGAAGGCUCUGUGUGAUCCGCUGGAGGAGGUCAGGGAGGCGGCCGCCAAGACCUUCGAGCAGCUGCAUGCGACCAUCGGCCACCAGGCCCUCGAGGACAUUCUGCCCUUCCUUCUGAAGCAGCUGGAUGAUGAGGAAGUGUCAGAAUUCGCCCUGGAUGGCCUGAAGCAGGUGAUGGCCAUCAAGAGCCGCGUGGUGCUGCCCUACCUCGUGCCCAAGCUGACCACCCCGCCUGUCAACACCCGGGUGCUGGCUUUCCUCUCGUCCGUGGCAGGUGACGCCCUGACCCGUCACCUUGGCGUCAUCCUCCCGGCAGUCAUGCUGGCCCUGAAGGAGAAGCUUGGCACUCCGGACGAGCAGUUGGAGAUGGCCAACUGUCAGGCCGUGAUCCUCUCUGUGGAGGACGACGUCGGGCACCGGAUCAUUAUUGAGGAUCUGCUGGAAGCCACCCGCAGCCCCGAGGUGGGCAUGAGGCAGGCCGCCGCCAUCAUCCUCAACAUCUACUGCUCCCGCUCCAAGGCUGACUACACCUGCCACCUGCGGAGCCUGGUCUCGGGCCUGAUCCGCCUCUUCAAUGACUCCAGCCCAGUGGUUCUGGAGGAGAGCUGGGACGCCCUAAACGCCAUCACCAAGAAGCUCGACGCAGGGAACCAGCUGGCACUCAUCGACGAGCUCCACAAAGAAAUCCGGCUCAUAGGCAACGAGAGCAAAGGCGAGCAUGUGCCCGGGUUCUGCCUCCCCAAGAAGGGCGUCACCUCCAUCCUUCCAGUGUUGCGGGAAGGGGUACUGACAGGCAGCCCCGAGCAGAAAGAGGAAGCGGCCAAGGCGUUAGGCUUGGUGAUCCGCCUGACCUCGGCAGAGGCCUUGAGGCCCUCCGUGGUCAGCAUCACUGGCCCUCUGAUUCGCAUCCUGGGGGACCGGUUCAGCUGGAACGUGAAGGCCGCUCUGCUGGAGACGCUCAGCCUCUUGCUGGCCAAGGUGGGGAUCGCCCUGAAGCCCUUCCUGCCCCAGCUGCAGACCACGUUCACCAAAGCCCUGCAGGACUCCAACCGCGGGGUGCGCCUAAAGGCGGCCGAGGCUCUGGGGAAGCUCAUCUCCAUCCACGUCAAGGUGGACCCGCUCUUCACAGAGCUGCUCAACGGGAUCCGCGUCGUGGAGGACCCGGGGGUCAGGGACACCAUGCUGCAGGCCCUAAGGUUCGUGAUCCAGGGCGCCGGGGCCAAGGUGGACUCUGCCAUCCGGAAAGGCAUCGUCUCCCUCUUGCUGAGCAUGCUGGGACAUGACGAGGACAACACCCGCAUCUCGUCGGCGGGCUGCCUGGGGGAACUGUGUGCCUUUCUCCCUGAAGACGAGCUCAGCAGUAUUCUUCAGGGCUGCCUGCUGGCGGACGUGUCGGGCAUUGACUGGAUGGUUCGGCACGGGCGCAGUCUGGCCCUCUCCGUGGCUGUGAACGUGGCUCCCAGCAGACUGUGUGUGGGCAGAUACAGCGCUGAAGUGCAGGACAUGAUUCUCAGCAACGCCGUGGCGGACAGAAUCCCCAUCGCGGUGAGUGGGGUCCGUGGCAUGGGCUUCCUGCUGAAGCAUCACAUCAAGACAGGAGGGGGCCAGCUGCCGGCCAAGCUCUCCAGCCUGUUCGUCAAGUGUCUGCAGAACCCAUCUAGUGACAUUAGGCUGGUGGCCGAGAAGAUGAUCUGGUGGGCGAACAAGGACCCGCUGCCGCCCCUCGACCCUCAGGCCAUCAAGCCCAUCCUGAAGGCCCUUCUUGACAAUACCAAGGAUAAGAACACCGUCGUACGGGCCUACAGCGACCAGGCGAUUGUCAACCUCCUCAAACUUCGGCAGGGUGACGACGUGUUCCAGGCCCUCUCCAAGAUCCUGGACGUGGCCAGCUUGGAGGUGCUCAACGAGUGCAGCCGGAGGUCCCUGAAGAAACUGGCCAGCCAGGCCGACUCCUCGGAGCAGGUGGACGACACCAUUCUGACCUGAGGCGCCGGCCCCUUGCCGGGGCUCUGCAGCAGCCUUUCGGCUCCGCAUCUUGUUCGAUGUUUUCAUUUUUGAAAAUAACGUCUGUUCCGAUGGGGAGCUUAGGAGAUGGCGUUCCCAGAAAGUAUUUUAAUAUAUCAACAGACCACAGCCAAAGCCUUAAGUCAAACCCACACACAACGGAAAAUUGCCUCCUCCAACUCACCCUUUUCUCUAGAGAAAGAAAAAAAGGAAAAAAAGCACAUGCAUAAGACUCAGCAGAGCUGCUCACCCAGCUUCGCAUGGCUGGUCUGGAACAGCGGGGUCGACUUCCGCUUCCCCUUCCUGCGUUGGAGCUGUCGCUUGCAGCCACCUGCCUCGGGCCGAGCGGCAGAGGUCUGUCUGGUGUGGCAUGUCCUGGCUUGGCUUUUCACUGUGGUGAGGCCCCCCCGGAACAGGCCCUACCAGGUGAAGUGACCCCAGCGUGGCCCUGGCAGUUCACGUUUGAGGAGGGGGAGAGGUUCAGUGCAGGCUGUUUGAAGAGGAAAGUUUAAUAAAGGCUUUGAUUU